CUCCUUUUCUUAUAAUGAUCACGAGUCCCCAGAUACUGAUGGUCUCGACAACUACUUCCUGCAUAGUGGACAUCAGGUGUGCAACAACAGCGUCAUGGUUGACAACGCGGAUCAACACGGUACUACUCCCACCAGGAGCGCGGAAGCGAUCCCAUCUUCUAUAAACAGAGAUCAGCCUCUUCCUUCGGUCGAGUUUACCUUCUCCUGCAGCCCAUCGUCUCCCGAAUGCCUGACCCCGAAUUCGUCCGUCGACGGCUUCAACGCAGCUACCCCAGAAGGUCGCCGAUCCUCUACGACGCCAACCACGCGGUUGCUCUUUCAAGAUCUCCAUCUGAGCGAUAGCAACUCUCCUGCAGCCCAACAGCCACCAAGUAAUCAAUCAAGCAUAGUUCAUAACGAUUCUGGCUUAACACCUACGGGCAGCGCCCAUCGUACAACCUACCGGGAUCUGCACAAUUCUACCCCUAGCCCUAUAGGUCCCUCUUAUGUACGACCAAGCCAACAACGGUCACCGACCUCGCCCUCGGGAGAUGUCAGCUCUCAUUUCCGGAAUCUAAAUCUGGGAGACGCAGAUAGUUAUGUUUCUGAUUCCGACAGAAGCUCUACAGUCGACAGUGAGGGAGAUGCAGCGGAAGAAGAUGAUGAGGAUGCCUACAACAUUCGUCAUGAGUCUCUUCCCCAGGAGCCUAUCUAUGAUAUUCGACUUCAAAAUGCGCUGCGAGAUGUCAGGAGUGAACUGACGAGUCUUGCACAAAUAAUGAGCGGUAACGCCCUUGCCCACGACAAUAGUAGUGACUUGUCCAAGCUUUAUGAGAAGACACGUGAAGCAAGUCGAUUCGCUUAUCCAGCGACACGCACGGUAGGCUUCAUCGGCGACUCGGGUGUUGGGAAGAGCAGUUUGAUAAAUUCGCUUCUAGAUCAAGAGGGCUUGGCUCGGUCGAGCGGAGACGGUGCUGCUUGCACCACUGUCGUUACCGAAUUCCGGAGUGUAAAUGAUACCUAUCCAGAAAACUAUACCGUUGUUGCAGAUUUCAUGGACAAUGACGAGGUCAGUGAGCUCCUCGAGGAGCUUUUAUCCAGUGUUCGGAAAUACUACACGGAAGCCUUCCGUGAAGUGAGAACGUCGGAAGAGCAGGAGAAUAUCAAAGUUGCGGCCAAAAGAGCCUGGGACACCUUGAAAUCCCUCUUUCCUCAUGAGCGGGACCUGGACAUUGAUUUCCUUGCCCAGGAAGGAGACGAGGCCGUCACUACAAUCACGAGGACCUUGCUGGAUUGGGCCAUGGCGGGCUUAGAUACCCGACCAGGAGGGCGUGAUAACUUACAGUAUACGGUUGUGUCUCACCAUGCGGAUCAAUGCAUGAAGCAUCUUGACAGACUGAUGGCCAAUGAUGACGACGGUGAUAACCCUGCUUUGUGGCCGUUUGUGAAGUUGAUCAGGGUCUAUUUGCGCUCGCCCGUUCUACGCACGGGUUUAGUUUUGGCCGACCUCCCAGGAUUUCGCGACUUAAACUACGCUCGGGUGCGAGCGACGGAAAGGUACCUACGCCACAGCUGCGACGAGGUGUUUAUUGUGAGUAAUAUUAUGCGAUGUACAACCGAUCAGUCAAUAGGGGAUAUCAUCCGUCGAUGUGCGCGGGAUCAGCCUAUCCGCAUUGUGUGUACUCGCUCCGAGGACGUCAAUUCAGAAGAGACGGCACGUACCGCUCCUGCAGCAGAUGCUGUACGUAUCCGAAAUAUGAACAACCAAAUCCGGCAGCUCGAUCGCAGGAUCACGCAGACAGGUACUCGCAGACGAAAAUCGCACGGAAGUAGGAUGCAGAGUCUCGCUGCAGAGGAAAGUAACCUCAGGGAUCAGAAAGAAACCCUUGAGCUUCAGUUGAUGAACUUCCUCGUCAUUCGAAGAAAUACAUCUGUGACCAACUCUUUGUUGCAUGCCUGGGGGGGAAUGGCUCGCAUAUUCUGCGUGAGCAAUAAGCUCUACUCUGACCAUUGUGAGGACGAUCCACGACAGGCCAAUGGGUAUUUGGCACUCAGUGGUAUCCAAGAACUUCGACAGUACUGCCAAUCAGUGCCAGCAGAUGCGCAGUUCCGAGCCACGGUAUCUUAUCUUCAACAUGAAGUGCCAGCGCUGCUGGGUUCUAUUACGCAAUGGGCCUUAGCAGGGACUAGCACCAUGACUAUGGCCCGGGCAGAAGUCUUGCGACGGGUUUUGACUGAAGCCGAAAGCAGUCUGAAAGGGAGCAUAACCCGUGAUGGCUCGCAGGUACACUCAUUACAGAGUAACCUCAGGAGGCAAUUCUCCGAAGCUAUUACACAGCAAAUUCGCCGAAGUCGACGUGAUUGGAGGGACGAUGCAGUCGAGGCGAGCUCGGAAUGGGCAACUUGGCACCACAUGACAUAUGCAGCGUUCUGUCGCAACUACGGAACGUAUCAAACGGCAAAACAACCGUAUCGAUGCUGGAACGAAGAGAUUCUCGGCUCGGGAAUUGACCAGCUAUCUCUGGCGUGGAAAUCCGUGCUCAACCGGCUUGAAGAAGAGGGUAAGAAGCUCGAAGACGAAAUCUCCAGGAUAUUUCAAGGGGUGCAUGAUUCUAUACACGAGCAACGGGAUUUGGCCCCCGAAACCCUAGGAAACUUGAUUCUGAACCUCCGAAUGCGACGGACGUGUAUACUGGACGCUGUUCAUUGCUCCAUCGAACGUCUAACUGAUGACACUGAAAAUAUCAUGGAAGACACAGUGGGUGGACACGCGAGCUCAUAUAUUGCGGGAGUCAUGCGUCCAGUCUAUAACCAUUGCAUGCAACAAAGCGGAACGGGAAGUGAUUCGCGUCGGAAGCAAACCAUGAAUCGUCAUCUCAGUUCACGUAGUCUAUUCCAAGACUUUGCCGACAAUAUUGCUCUCGACUAUGAAGAAAUAAUCGACGGAGCAUUUGAGGAGUUAAAUCAGAAGCUUAGCGAGGAGGUUGCUAAUAUCACCCGAGAUUUACAUGCCACGGUCACUGUGGAGGGAGAAAUCUCUGAAGCUGGAAGGAAUCCCGAAUGUACAGAAGGAGUUAAGCGAAGGGUGGAAACAUGCCAAAGAGCCUUGGCGAAUGCUCAGACGAUAGUGCUAGGGUUGAGAGAGUGACACGAAGGAGUCCAUACGCAUAUCAUCGGCUAGUAGUGACAGGAGGAAUAUAUUGUCGUGAUAUAUACUACAGUGGUUCGAAGUUGACCGGAGGUCAAGGAUGCUUUUCUCUUUUUGACGAUGAAGACAGUACAGUGACCAAAGGCCUCCCAUCUUGCCAAGUUAUAUAUUUCCAUUCAAUCUGCAGCGGUCUUUACUUACUUUAUCAAGGCUUCUAUACUUUCUUAUGUCAUAUGUGUGUCAUAAUCUAAGAGCAUAAACAGCAG